GUGUCCUGUAUAAUUAUUACGCGAGGUUUCGACGGACGAGCGAGGGUACGUUGUAUUUCGGUUGAUGAGAUCAGACAGGAUUGAUUCUUUAUACUGGUAAUCCAUUUAGAAGAUGCGAAGGUGAUGUCAGUCGUUCAUAAGAGGCUUGUCAUGUGUUUUUCAGAAGGUUCAGUAAAAAUAUUUUGAGGACAAUUUAAGGAAAUUUUGUUUAAUGGCAACAAAAGUUAGUCUUCCGUAUCAUUGUCCGAAAUGUGGAGGCAGUCUAGAAUUCCAGAAUCUCAUUUCCCUACGUAAACAUUUAACAAAUGAUCACACAUUUAGUGAUUUCUUUGACUCGUCCCCUUCCCAUGAGCCUAGAUUGAUGGGCAAGAGAUCAUUAAAUACCAAUAGUUUUAUUAAAGUUGAUGCACGACCUUCAAGUGCCCCAUCUUCUCUUCGUCUUCCCCAGUUUCAGAAAACGGAAACAUAUGUUCCUAAUUUAUUGGAAAAACUGUCAAAUACUGCUAAAGAAUUAGAGCAACAACUUUUACUGGCGCAGAGACUUGGCUACAAGAAAAGCAAGCAAUCUGUUGGCUUCCAACAAUUUGAUAGUAGUUAUACACACAGUGCAGAUGAUGUUUACAGAAUUCCCAGAAGUAGAACCUUCACACCAGAUGAUCUUAUUUCUGGUACAAGUAAACCAUUUGAUGUGUCGCUUAAAGAGAGACCAAAAUCUUCAUCAGGCUCUGGGUUGGGUGAGCAUUACAUCAGAGAAGAGGUAGAUGCUUUGAUUCUCAGUACGACCUUGCGAAAGAUGCAAAGUGAACUGGAGUUAAAAGACGAGGAACUAAGGAGAUCAAAGGAAGAGCUGGCAAAAGUUUUACUAGAGAAGUUACAGUUGGAUGAGAACUCGAUGACCCUAGCUGGUGAGUUAGACGCCAAGAAGGAAAUGGUUUCACAUUUGAAGACAGAGAUCGAGGAUAGAGAGCAAGUGAUACAACAGAAAGAAAGGAAUCUCAAGGAAAUGAAUGAUUUCUUAGCAAGAACAUCUGAAAAGCAGGCUGCUGCAAAAGAGCAGCUUAGAGUGUUUAUGGACAAUGUUCUCGACCGUGCUGAACAAGCAGAGAAUGAGCUUCAUACUUUGAGGUCCACGAGAAACACACCAGUAGGAUACAUGAUGAUGCCACCAUCUGAAGCAUCAUCACCAGUGAAUGGAAGUCAAAACAUCUCCAUGUCAAUUAGACACCGGAAACAGAUGUCAUCUUCAUCUAAUGAGGUGCCAUCUACACAUAAUCAAACGUUUAAUAGUACACAAGAGCAUGCAAGACAUCCUUUGUAUGAUGAUAGUCACCAGUGGCAGAGAUCGUCAGGAAGACUUCCUACCAGUGGUAGAACAUCUGCACCAAGUAGACUUAGAAGUGACAUUCUUCCAAUGACAAAAGCCCCAGACAAGUAUUCGCUGUAUACUGGCAGAACUCCAUCUCAAGAAAUUGCCAAGAAGAACGGUUCAUCUGUAAAUUCUGGAUUGGCAUCUAUGCCAGAUCACAGAAGGAAGUUAAAUCCUGGCUCUCAACACCAAAAUGGAGAUGAGAUCCAUCAUGCUGUUAAUGAUCCUUCUCCAUUUUACUACAGUCUUGAAAGAAGUGAUUCGCCAAGCUCACCAAGAAGUCAUUUAAUCCGUAACCAGGAACGACACAUGGACCUGUAUCCAGACUCUGCCAUUGGCUCCUCUGGGAAUGGUUCUCGGAUAGUAAAUUCAGAGUUUGCGAUUUUGUCACAAGCAAUACCACAUAUGUCCAAUUCCUCUCAAUAUUCAAAACCUGAAGUACCAACGACAAUUGGCAGAAGCAGUCCAGCCACUUCAGCUAAGAGGUAUCUGAGGCAUAACUCUGUCCAAGAAGCACCAGUUAUAAGAGAGAGUACAGAGAAUGAGCUGCAAGAAAGACCACACAUUAAUCUAGAAGAAAAUGCAGAAGAUUCAUCAUUUGCAGGCGAUUAUGAAGGAAGAUUAGUAGAUGAAAGAGGUGGACAUCAUCUAUCAAUGACAACACAUGAAUCUAAUCAUGUAGAUGCACUUACAGACACAGCAUCUUCUCUCAGGAAUGGCAGUGCCAUAACACAGGAAGAUCAUAUGGAUCUUGAGUUAUUUCGCAAUGCUGUAGAGCAUGUACUCCAUCAAAGAGACCUCCAGUCUCGGACAUCACUGUAUUCCUCACCAGGAUUCGAAAGCAGAUCUCCAUACACAAAUGCACCAUCAUCACAAAUUGAUAGUGAUAGUGAAGGUCAGAGUUCAGGGUAUGAUGACUCAUCAGAUGUGGAUGGCAGUCUGGAUGAAUUGCCAGUUAAAGAUCAGAGUUCAGGGUUUAAAGAUUGUCCAAAACAAAGGAAGAUUGGCUUGUAUUGUGUCUUUUCAUACCUGGACACGGACAGUUUACUGGCAUGCGCUCAAGUUAGUAAGGAAUGGAAUCAAGUUGCUCGACAUCCGGCGCUGUGGAAGAAAGUUCAUCUUAGUAGGCACACCAUCUCAUCAAAGUUCUUGCAGACUAUUUCUAAAUGGUGUACACAGAUGGAGCACUUGACAUUGCAGAGUUUACGACCAAGGCCAUUCAGAAAGGGUGAAAAAAGAGAAGAUUAUUUGAGAAAAACAAGAGGUAUGCUUGAAGCUGGCUUAGAGUACCUGUUACAGGCAUCGGGCAGCAGCCUCCUGACCCUUAAGAUCUACGAUUGUUGCAAUAUCCUCACUGACAGGAGCCUUUGGUUGGCAAGCUGUCAUUGCCGCUUUCUGCAGACUGUAAUGUAUGUGAGUGACACAGACCCCAUAGGUCACGAGGUCAUCUGGGCAUUAGGUGCUGGAUGCAGAAAUAUCUGUGCAUUGCAAAUACCGCCGAUGUUCCCAUGUAAAAAUGCACAGAAGUUCAACAAUAAAUGCCUGCAGAUGGUGGGAAGAUGUUGGCCACUCCUCCAAGGUCUUUGCAUUGGUGGCAUGGAAAUUGAUGUCAAAGGCCUGGUAUCUGUUGUAAAAAACUGUCCCAGACUGCAUGUUCUAGAGUUGGACCAUAUGCUAGAGGUAACAGAGGAGGUUGCUAUAGCAAUGUGUAGCCAUGGACUACGGGGUCUGGAAACACUGAUAUUCACUGCAACACCAGCCACGCCAAAGGCCAUCUUGCAUUUCAAUGGUGUUUGUCCCCAGCUGAAGGUCAUUGCAGUGUAUGUUGGGAUAUCUGAUUAUUUCGAUGACAUCACAAACAAAGAAAACCAAAGAGAGUUCAAGAACAUUGCCUCUGCACUAAAAGUGCUGAAAAAGAAGCCUGCAUUAAUGGACAUUCUUCAUCUAAAAACAAACUGCAAUUAGUGUAAGUGUGCUUAUUAUGGUCAUCACAAGCAGGACAGAAUGAGUAGUUUCUUAUGGAUAAGACUUUGUAAAGUAUGCACACUUGUAAUGUUCCGAUUUGCUAGUGCAGUGGAUCUCUUCUGGCUAUGUCUCUGGUGCUAAUUUUUUACCAUGGUGUUAUGAUGUGUUGAAUAACGCCCUCUACCAACUGUCCUGUACAGAAGUUGAGUAUGAAAGUAUUACAGUAUUAGAUUUUCUAUAUUUUCCUUACCAAAUACCAAACAUACUUAGAAAUUGGCAAAAGUAUUUAUAGAAUUAUUUAUUUCUUUCUCGGCUGUUAUUUAUAGUUUAUGUAUUGUACUUUGUAGUAUUUCUUCCAUAUUACCUUUUGGUGCUACCUUUUUAUAUACAUGUAUUGUUAAGACUUAAUAUCACAAAUUUAUGCAGGCUCCAAUAGCUAUCUAAAAUAGUGCUAUACAGUAUUAGUGAAAGUUUUUAAUGAGCCAUUUUGACUCAUCAUUAUCAACACCAGAAUACAGAAUAAUUAUAAUGAUGUUUUCCAGUGGCAUAGAUAUGGAUGUAUAAUCAAUGAUGAAAUCAGUAUUGUAGUAGCAUAAGUUAGGCCUACCAAUAAUGAUCAGCUGUAGCGAAUCUAUAGGGGUGCAUGGGAGGAUGCAUUCCCCUUCCAAAAAAAAGCUUGCAACCCAGUCUUGAUCCACCAAACCUCCCACUCGAAAUUUGGCCAGAAAAUUAUACAGUACAUAAAAAAAUGUAUCUACCUUUAGAUCUUUAGGUCUUUCUCUCAACACCAAUAUUUCUGCAUGUUACCAUGUUCUUCCAUACUUUUGAAAGUUGUACCAGAAACAUAAUGUUUGUAUUAAAAUGAUGAGUUCUUUUUAUGAAGAAACUCUAUAUGAUCAACUUUGUUGAAGUUAUAAACUUUUUGCCUCUAAUGGCGUAUGCAACUUACUGUUCUAGUGACCAAAAACAAAACAAAUUCAAUUUUUGGAUGCUAUAGCGAGAGGUCGUAUGACCAUGGACCUAUUACCAAGAGGUCCAUGGUGUGACAAUACUGUAUCUCUGGUUUUGAGAAACUUAGGGCGAUAAAAAUAACGUUAUUAUAUAUGAACAAAUGUAAAGAGUUUAAAAUUGUAAAAUAUAUUAAUGAAUGAAUGUAUUUUAUAGAUGUAAAUGCCAGAUAUAUUAUAUACUAUAUUGUACACUGUUUGCUUUUUUAGAAUGUCCAUUGUUAUAAAUGCAAUAUUGUUUUUAAAAUUUACUAUGCUGUAUAGAUGAAUGAUAAUAUAGAUAUACUGUCAGUACAUUUAAACUGUAUUUAUAUACAAAUUGUUGUCUCAUUAAGUAAAAUUUUUAUAUAUACUAUUAGAAUUAUUGUCAGGUAUUUUCCCCCAGUUGUUUGGACCCACCGAUGCAUUGGCGUAUCUAAAGAAAAGCAAUGGGAAAAUAUACUUUGUUUUUUAAAACACUGUGCAGCAUUUUUUUUUAGUAUUGUGAAGAUAUACAUACAUUAUGCUUGGUUUUGAGUUUACAUUUUGGUGUCUUUUUGCAGUGUUUGCAGUGUCAUUCAUUCUUUUGAAAAGUGUUUUCUUUUAUAUACUUUGCAAAUAUUUUUUUAUUAUUAUUUAUGUUCAUCUGGUUUCGAGGCUAAUUUUGCAAACUAAAGAGGCGGCUUCAAUUCGAGAUUCUAUGAGUAUUCAAUUCAGAAUGUAUGAGUAUUAGGAGUUUCGCCUAAGUAGACCCCACUAAGGCUCUGUCUCUGUGUCCGAUCAGGUACGUUUUAGGGCCCGGCAAUUUAUCUUGCCCGUCACCACCUUGCUCUGCCGCCAUAUAGCAUGAUCUUGAUGGCAUGGAUCAAAUCUCACCAUGAUCGAUUUGUAGGUUUUCUUUAGAAAGUACUUUUGUCACCCACAUGUGUGUAAUUGGGUAGCUGUUAGCAAUUUUGCUAAUGUGGUAUGAAUAUGCAUGACUAGGUUAAGUGUCUGUAAUUACCAGGGUAGAUAUAAUGGCUUUAAAAAAAUAUUCUUAUAACAUUUUUAUCAUUUCCCACUGAUGUAUGUUUAUAAAUAAAUAAUUCUUUUGUGCUAUUACUGUGAAAUUAUUAAAUUAUAUACUGUAUAUAUCAU